ACAUGCAACAACGAGAUCUGAACCAGCGCAAAACGGAACAUCCCUCCAUAGACGCACAGAAGCACAGAGAGAGGCCCACACACAGAGCUUCAAAGCCCUCAUAGCCAUGGCGGAGGUCGACGACGCCGGGGGCUUCGGAGUCUUCAAGUUCUUCACCGCCGUCGAUCCCAAGCCCAAGAUCAACGGACGAGAUUCGACCGUCUCGGACGACGAUUGGGGCGACUUCGUAACGGACAGCACGAGUCAGAUCAAAGCUCAGGCCUUGCCUUCCAAUGGAAUCACGUACUCCCAGUCACCUCCCUCCCAAAUACCCGUCGACCCUUCGGGGUUUUGCGUUCCUAAUGGGUCGGCGCCGACCCGAAUGGAAUCAGAGCCAAUCCGAGUUGAGACUGAGCCCGCGAAGGUUGAUAAGACUCGGUGGGUAAAGCCGCAGGGAGCUUUGCCGUUAUCGUUAUUUGGGGAAGAGCAGGAAGAGGACUCCGGUGCGGGCGAGUCCAAGGUUGGGGACGUUGCAAACGAAGGAUUUGCGAAAAAGGAGUCGAAUUUGAAUGUGAGAAGUGUUGGGAUCGAUGAUUUGAUUUCAAACUUGUACGGUCAUAAUCCAAAAGUCGUGGUUCGAAAUGGGUCGGAUUCGAAUUUCGGUCCCGGAGGUCCCAAUUCAACAAAAAAGGGGUUGGAUUUCAGUGCAAAUGGGAUGGAUUUGAAGUUUGAUGCUCCCAUUCCGAACGGAAAUGGGAAAUUUGGUAGUUUGAAUUUUGGUUCGAAUAGUUUUGAUUUGAAGUUUGAUGAUGUGGGUUCGAAUUCAAAUACAAGUGUGUCAAAUUCGGGUUCUGGUGGUCCUCAUACGGUAAAAAACGGAUUGAAUUUCAGUGCAGAUGCAUUGGAUUUGAAGCUUGAUGCUCUGGUUCCGAAAGAAAAUGGGACAUUGGGUGGCUUGAAUUUGGAUUCGAAUGGUUUUGAUUUGAAAUUUGAUGGGGUAGAUUCGAAUUCAAAUACACAUGGGUUAAAGUUGGAUUUGGAGGAAGGAAAUGGGGACUUUGAUGAGGAGGAUGAUGAUGGUUGGGAAUUCAAAGCUGCGGAUUUGAAGGAACAAGGGGUUGUGGAAGUAGCAGGAUCGAAAGCGGAAUCAAAUGCACACGCACGACCAGGAAUCCAGGUUGAUGAGAAGUGGCAAGCAAAUACUGGAGGAAGUGGAUUUAGUGAGGGGUUUUCAUUUGAUUUCAACCCAAAGCCUGUUACUCAGCAUAAUUUUUUCUUCGACCCACUUUCGAAAAGCAAGCAGAACAGUGCUGCAGAUGUACCCAAUUCUACUCCAGUUAAUGGAAAUCUGUGGGAGUUCAAGGAUGCAUUUUCAGAAACUGGAGCAAAACAUAAGUUGGAAGAGGCAAAGGCUGCCAAUCCUGCUGGUUUUGGCGCCCGUGCUCAUAAUGAUUUUUUUGCUGCAUUUCAAGGGGAUUCCCACAAGUCUGGAGAAAACUUUGCAUUUCCUUUUAUCCCGACUUCUAGCAUGAAACAUGGUGUAAUCUCAGAUUCACAUUCCAGUGGCAAGAAAGAGGACAUUGAAAAAGAGUUGAGUAGUUCUCCAGAUGUUAGGUCUGAUGACAAUUUUUGGGAAUUGAACUAUGCAUUUUCCGAAUCUGGAUCAAAGAUUGAGGGGGAGUUAGUGGUUGGCAGUAAUCCUCCCGCCAAUAUAAAACCAUCUGUCAUGGGUUUUGAAAUCCAGCAUAAUGAGGUAACAUUGGAAAAUCAUCGACGAGCCUUGCCCUUGUCCAUUUUUGGAGAUGAUGAACUAGAGACUGAUGAUUCCUCAAUUCAACAAAAUAUUUCUUCUCUUACCACUGCAUCCCACCAAAUAAAUACCAACAAAAGCCCUGCGUCCAAUCUAUCCAUCACGGAUCUAAUAUCAAGCUUAUACAGUCAAGUGGACCAGAAUACUAACACAAUUCAUGCGCCAAAACCAACUGAAAAUAUUAUGGAUCCUGCCCCAACUGUUUUGGAAUCUAAUUUUGGUGGUGAUGAUUUUGAUGAAGAUUCUUGGGAAUUUAAGGAUGCUGUUUCAAGUGAUCAAAACCAAACCUCUAUUGCUACUCUUGAAGAUUCACCUCACGAUUCUUCUACUAAAGUCCAUCUAGAUAAUUAUGUGGAUUUAUAUUGCAAAUUGAAGGAUGAAACAUACGGUCUUGCACUCUACCAUCUUGAAAAUAAAAAGAAAGCUCAAAGUGGUGCUACUGUUUCUGGUGAAGAUACAACAAUAGAGACUAUGGAAGAGGAAAUCCAGAAAUUGUAUAAUGAACUGCAUCAACACAAUAUGAUCUCCGAUCAAUUCCAGUCAGGGAAUCUUUCAUCAAGAAAUACACACAUUCAAGAAGUUCGUAAACUUCUACAGGAUCCAAAGUUCCAAGUUCUUGAAUCCAAAUACCAGUUGUCACAAAGGUUGUCAUUGGCAGAGAAUGAUUUGAGAUCUGCCGUUGAACUUUCAAGACAUGCAGCAUCCACGUUAAGGAUUCUUAGAUUGGGAUCAACUGAGCAACAAUCUAACUACAUUUCCACCUGGUCUCGAAUCGUCUCCUUUUGCGCUGAAGAGUUGAAACAUGGUUCUCUAAUUUGGAGGCAAACAUUAGAAGCGAAUGUUCAGAAUCAAAUACUAUCUGAACCUCAAGGCAAGCAGUAUAUCGUUGCCCUUGGAGAAAUUUACAGAGUAGUUUUAGUUCUUGAAGCAUCUGCCAAACUUUACGAGUCAUGGAUUCUAUUACAUUCUUCAUACUGUUUUACCUUUUUUUCUCUUCUAAACGAGUGCUCUACUUUAUGGUCAAGUUCGGGACUUGAUGAAGCUCUCAAGAGCAUUUCGGAUGCGAUUGAUUUUAAAUAUGAUGAGACCGUUGCUGCACUACUAGAUUCCAUGACAUACAUUCAUCAUCUGGAUGCAUUUGCUCUCCAAAACCAAGUUGUUGUUAAUGGCCAAGAACCUAUUUGCUCGCUGUCACUAUUAACUGCAGGAACCGUGCCAGGUAUUAAAAUGGUGAUGUGGAAUGGGGAAAACUACUUAUUGACGCUUGCGAACUUGUGGGCAAAUUUAAUUAGUCCUAAUCCUCCAGAAUUGCCCCACUUGAGUUAUAGCUGAUCGCAAAAUCAUGCUGGAGGAAUAUGAGGACUUUUGACAUGCUCUGUCGCUGAAAAUAGCCGCUAAAUCACUCUGUUCUCUCUAGAAUGUGCCUUUGCCGGACUGAAAAAGCAUGACGAUCAUUCAGAAAGAACGGUAGUGGCUUCCCAACAACACAAUUAGGAAGAAAUCUGAACCGAAAGACACUAGGCUGCUCAGUUUGAUCCAACCAAACCGUUAUCUGAUUCUUGUGUUUCAAGCUUGCCAUUCAUUUUUGUGUAGCUAUUGUACGAUAGUGAUUCGAUGUAGAAAUUGUUUUGUAUCUGUGUGUACUUGUGUUUCCGAAGGUAAAACCGGGUGAAUAAGGAAAGCAUCCUAAAGCCCGGUUUUAGAAUUUUGAAACGAGGAAGAAAAAUAGGAUGUUACACAUGUAGGUGCAUAAUGGAAAUAGAACUUUUUUGUGGUGUA